UUUUGGAAAUCUGAUUUUUUUUUUUUUUUACAAAAAGGAAGGUAAAUUUUUCUAUUUUUAUUUUUCCUAAAAAGGGGCUGGGAAUCGGACGGUCCACAGCGCAGCCCUCGCUAUUUAUUCUCCAGCCCUUCGGUAUCUUCCACACUAAGGCUUCUCUCCUCCCUCCUCUCUCCUCUCUUCUCUAGCUGCGUUCUCUUGACCCGAUUCGAUCUAAUGGCGACCGAUACGCAGAAGCUUUUGCAAGAAAACCCUAGCAAAACCCUAGGUGUAGAUCCCCCUGCCGACAGCAACGCCUCGCUCAAGAAUCGUCUCCAAGAAGACGCUCCCAACACAACUAUUCCGUUGUCGCCUACCGAUAAUACUGUUUCAAAUGUUUCUUCCAAAGAACCCGAUGAAUCGAAGGUAGGAGGUUCGGCCGGCGCUGCAGAUCCGGUGGCCUCGUCCCCGACGAAUACUGCUACUGUUUCGGAUAUUCAGAAAAAGAUCCGCCGAGCCGAGCGGUUCGGGAUGCCGGUGCAGCUGUCCGAAGAGGAAAAACGCAAUUCCCGAGCCGAAAGGUUUGGCACUGGGCCCACGGUGCAUGGAUCAGAUGGAUCAAAGAAAUCAGAAGAGCUGAAGAGAAAGGCUAGAGCAGAGAGGUUUGGGCUUCCUCUUGAUUCUGCACCUACUGAUGAGGAGUCCAAGAAGAAAGCUCGGCUUGCCAGAUUUGCAUCAGUGUCCAAGACAGAUACACUGGAGGAGGAUAAAAAGAAAGCAAGGGCUAUCAGGUUUUCAAAUCCUCCAUCUGAUUCUCUAUCACAAGUGAAUGGCAAGGGAGAAGAUAUUGAGCCGAAGACUGCUAUUGCUGGCAAGGCCAGUGGAGGGGCCUGAACACCUACAUCGUUUUUCUGACAGUAAGAUUUUUAUAAAAAUGUUAGGUUCUAACUUUUUGUGAUUCCCCCCAGCAGCUUCUAUACCCAUUGAAAUUUUCUGACAUGAAUUCCCAGUUGGUGCACCCCUGUUCAUGGUUACCUUUCUACAAAAUACACAAGAUUUUGGUGGUAUGGAUGAUACUUUGUCAUCUCAGAUGCAGUUAUAAUAUCAAUUUAUUGAGGCCCAUGCUAAUUAACAAUCACCUGCUUAGUGUUAACCUAUCUAAAAUGACCAAUAAGAAUAUCAGAAAUUCUGGAUUACAGUCUAGGGAAAAUAUUCUAUUAUCCAAAUUUUGUUAUAUGAAGCCUAACUUCUGCUGAAACUUCUACUUGGUUACUUGUUUUCAAUUAAUGAUGUUGCACCCCUAUCUUGUGACAUGUGACUGGCCUUUCAUAUCAAAGCAUAACUGCUUACUUGUGAUCUACUGUUAGAUUACAGCAAUAAGUUGAACACCUAAAUCUGAUAUCGUCUGAUCCAAGAUUUUUUAGUCUCAAAAUGUGCAGUAUUGUUCCGUUUGAAGAUGAGGUCCCUACUUACUGAGAUUUCUUGGUUUAAAAUGGGUUUGUUAGAAAAGAACUACCCAUCUUAGGUAUUAAAUGAUUUGAUCCUUGCUGUUUUCGGUUAUAAAUCAUUCAAGAGGUUGGUCAAUCAUUUUUAUAGAUGAAGCAAUGGUAGACUUAGAUCAAGAAUUUUAUUAAUUUACUGAUGGUUAUUGUUUUUAGAUUUAAGGGGUUUAAUAUUUUUAGGUGGGAUACCAUUUGUUUGUAUUUCAUUUCAUGAUACAGCAGUACAACAUAUUUUGCUGCAAUGAGUCUUGGAUCAGAUGGUAUUAGUACCAUGCAUAUUCUCUAUCUGUGCAGUUCUUUGAGAUCAUAUCAUCGCUGCAUGGUUGUUGUGUUGGACCAGUGUUUCAACUUUUUGCUGUUUCUCACAGUAGAUCCUUGAACACAUGUCAGGAAUUGAGAGGGUGAAAUUGGUGGUAAGUUGUCAAAUGAAUGAGCUUAUGGAAUAUUAGUUUCUGCAAUGGGGCAAAUUUGAAAAAUAGGAUCCAAGCUUCAAGAUGUUUCCUAGACUAUAAUUCUUUUUCAGAAUUUCUGAUAUUCUCUAUAAUUUUGGAUAAGUUAAUGCUUAAAAGGUGUUUGUUGAUUAACCUUUGGUUUCACUAGGUGAAUAGCCCCAAUUUAUACCGGAGGAUAUGUGGAAAAGCAGGGAGGAUUGUCCAUCGUAGGGGUUUUGCUUGUUCAUUGAUACCCUUUCUUUUCUCUCUUUUCCUUUUUUUUUUUUUUUUGUUAGUUUUGUUCAUUGCUCAGUUUGAAAAUGCCCCACUUCUGAGGAAAUUCUGUUUGUUUUAAUUGGAUUUAUUGGGAAUAGGAGGACCAGGUGACUUGGAGGGAAUCAGUAAAUUAGUAGAUAGUUUUUAUUUUUCUGAAGAUAUGUUGCUUGUCUGCUGUUGAUGCUUAUUUGUUGUUAUUUUGCUUUUGGCUAUACUUUAAUAAAGUAGGCAUCAUCUAUCUUUUCCUAA